CGCGGCCACGGGCUCGCUGGAGCAGGGCUGCGGGGCGGCCGAGCGGCGCCUCCUUCCCCUCCGCCUCCGCCUCCGCCUCGCCCUGCUCCUGGGGCCAGACAUGGAAGAUGGAUCUGCCUCGGGCAGCUGCUUCCGACGCUUCACCGACUGCUUCCUCAGCACCAGUUUAACAGAUGAAAAAGUGAAGGCCUAUCUUUCUCUUCACCCCCAGGUACUGGAUGAAUUUGUGUCAGAAAGUGUAAGUGCUGAGACGGUGGAAAAAUGGCUAAAGAGAAAAAACAACAGACAGGAAGAUGAAUCGACUCCUAAGGAAGUCAGCAGGUACCAGGAUACAAAUAUGCAAGGAGUGGUAUAUGAACUGAAUAGCUAUAUAGAACAACGGUUGGACACAGGAGGAGACAACCAACUACUUCUGUAUGAAUUAAGCAGCAUAAUUAAAAUAGCUACAAAAGCUGAUGGAUUUGCACUAUAUUUCCUGGGAGAAUGCAAUAAUAGUUUGUGUGUGUUCACACCACCUGGAGCUAAGGAAGGACAACCCCGACUCAUUCCUGCAGGGCCGAUUGCCCUUGGCACAACCAUUUCUGCAUAUGUAGCCAAAUCCAGAAAAACGUUGUUAGUAGAAGAUAUUCUAGGGGAUGAACGAUUUCCCAAAGGUACUGGACUGGAAUCAGGGACUCGUAUCCAAUCUGUUCUUUGUUUACCAAUUGUCACUGCAAUUGGUGAUCUGAUUGGUAUCUUGGAGCUUUAUCGGCACUGGGGCAAGGAAGCCUUCCAUCUCAGUCACCAAGAGGUUGCAACAGCAAAUCUUGCGUGGGCUUCAGUAGCAAUACAUCAAGUACAAGUGUGCCGAGGUCUUGCCAAGCAGACUGAACUGAAUGACUUCCUGCUCGAUGUAUCAAAAACCUAUUUUGAUAACAUAGUCGCAAUAGAUUCUCUACUUGAACAUAUAAUGAUAUAUGCAAAAAACCUGGUGAAUGCAGAUCGGUGCGCACUCUUCCAGGUUGAUCACAAGAACAAGGAGCUGUACUCAGAUCUUUUUGAUAUCGGAGAAGAAAAUGAUGGGAAACCUGUCUUCAAGAAGACCAAAGAAAUAAGAUUUUCUAUUGAAAAAGGAAUAGCUGGUCAGGUAGCAAGAACAGGUGAAGUCCUUAACAUUCCCGAUGCCUAUGCAGAUCCACGCUUUAACAGAGAAGUAGACCUCUACACAGGCUACACAACCAGAAACAUUCUGUGCAUGCCUAUAGUGAGCCGAGGAAGUGUGAUAGGUGUUGUGCAGAUGGUGAACAAAAUAAGUGGAAGUGCCUUCUCUAAAACAGAUGAGAACAACUUUAAAAUGUUUGCAGUCUUUUGUGCUUUAGCCUUACACUGUGCUAAUAUGUAUCACAGAAUUCGCCAUUCAGAAUGUAUUUAUCGUGUAACAAUGGAAAAGCUGUCCUAUCACAGUGUUUGUACUGCAGAAGAGUGGCAAAACCUCAUGCACUGCACACUCCCUCCGCACAUCUGCAAGGAAAUAGAAUUAUACCACUUUGAUAUCAGCCCCUUUGAAGAUGUCUGGCCAGCCAUUUUUGUCUACAUGGUCCACCAGUCCUGUGGGACAGCCUGCUUUGAACUUGAAAAGCUGUGUCGUUUUACUAUGUCUGUAAAGAAAAACUAUCGCCGUGUGCCCUAUCACAACUGGAAGCAUGCGAUUACAGUUGCACAUUGUAUGUAUGCCAUACUUCAGAACAACCAAGGGCUUUUCACAGACCUGGAGCGAAAAGGUCUUCUAGUUGCCUGCUUAUGUCAUGACCUGGAUCACAGGGGUUACAGCAACAGCUACCUUCAGAAAUUUGAUCAUCCCCUGGCAGCUCUUUAUUCCACCUCAACUAUGGAACAACACCACUUCUCCCAGACAGUGUCCAUACUGCAGCUGGAAGGGCACAAUGUCUUCUCCACUCUGAGCUCCAGUGAGUACGAGCAGGUUCUGGAGAUCAUCCGCAAAGCCAUCAUUGCUACAGAUCUUGCCCUGUACUUUGGAAACAGAAAACAGCUGGAAGAGUUGCAUCAGACAGGAGCCUUAAACCUUAAAAAUCAAGCACACAGAGAUCGUGUGAUUGGUCUAAUGAUGACAGCUUGUGAUCUGUGUUCUGUAACAAAAUUAUGGCCAGUUACCAGAGUGACAGCCAAUGACAUAUAUGCAGAGUUCUGGGCUGAGGGUGAUGAAAUGAAGAAGAUAGGUAUUCAGCCUAUACCCAUGAUGGACAGAGACAAGAAGGAUGAAGUCCCUCAGGGCCAAAUUGGGUUCUAUAAUGCGGUAGCCAUCCCAUGUUACACCACUCUCACACAGAUCUUCCCUCCUACUGGGCCACUACUACGAGCCUGCAGGGAAAAUCUCAGUCAAUGGGAGAAAGUGACACGAGGAGAGGAAGCUUUUAUAUGGAUUCCUUCCCAGUCACUUGCCCCUGAAACCUCGGAUUCACUUCCUGUGAAGAUUGAUGACUAAACAUCAGUGACCGAGUGCUUUCACCCUAAAAGCAUCUCUUUAUUUGUUGGGGUUUUUUUAUUUGAAGGAAAAAAAAACCUGCAGAUGCUAACUAGGAAGCAAACCUGCCUAAGAGGUAAUACCCAAGGAGUUACCUCAGCUAGGUGACCGUAUGCCAGUCUCCUGACUUACAGCAGUGGUGACACAUUAUGAACAGAGAAGAUUAACGACUCACUUGUUCUGGAAUCGGCUAGCAGAGCAAGAUUAUGACUUGUGAAUAUAAGAGACUGGCCUUUUUUAAUGGGCUAUGUUCCUGAGGCCUUAAUUUAAAACUAAAGGGGGGGGAAUCUUAGGGGGUACUUUUAAAAUGUAUCUUUCUAGUAAGGGUUUCAAUGGUACUUUUAUUAUACUGUACUGUGGCUGGCUUUAACACCAGUGUCACUUGGGAGUUCUUGGCUAUACAUAGAACAUUUUACACAUUGCUGUUGUGAAUGUUUAUGUGUGAUCUACUUGUAAUCAGUUUGAACUCUAGCCAAAAACCUUGGGACUGUAACUAUUAUUGAGGAUACAGUCUUUUUUUUUUUUUUUUUGCUGUAGAAAAAAAGAAAAUCCAGGAUAAAGGCUCCAAAUAUUUUCUUAUUAGGCAUCACAGAGCAAUGGUUUUAUCACAUGCAAGUUUAAUAUUAAAAGAACUAACUAUAUGUUAUGGUUCUUUGUAAUGACUUACGAAGAUGGAGAGUUUCUCCAUUUAAACAAUGGAAAUACUGGAUCCAGUCCAAUCAAGAUGGAUGCAGGCAUAAUUUCAGACUGGACCUUUUUGUCAAAAAUAAUUGGCCUAAGUUUAAACAAAGCAGUGAAGUUUUGCCUGCCUAAUUUAUUAGUAUGACAAGUGGCCGUGCUUGUUUUUUUUUUUCUUGGUGACUGGUAGUUUACAAGGUGAAUUGUAUGUUAGAAGGUAUUAGAGAGAAAUUUCCAAAGGUACAUUUUCUUCUGGAAACCAGAGCAUUGUCAGAAGAGCCAAGUCUGCCAGACGUGGCUGUGGUACCACCACUAUAAAUCAAAAGUGUUUUGUACUGAUUAGCUUUUGUGUUGCAUGCUAGUAUUGUAUGUUUCUUACUACCAUUUAAAACAAAAGUUUAGGAAACCUUUACCUCACCCUUCCUCCCCCCACCCCAUUCAUCGUUUUCAGGUUCAGAUUUAGAACUACUAAGCUGAUUUGGAAAACAUGAAGCUAAAUAUACCAUGGACAACAGUAUGUGCUGAUUCAGGGCUCUGAUUCUGCAAACUAUAUGCAUGCUCUUCACUUUAAGUGUGUAGGGCUAACUGUUUACAGGAUCAGGCUUUUAAGACAGCACAUUCCUUUGGAUAUUAGUGAAGUUGUAAUACAUGGCAUUUCUCCUUUGGUGGCUUAAAAAUAAAAGCUGAACCUAGACCUAGCUAACUUUACUACACCUCAUCAGUGGGAAACAGUGCAUUUCUUUGGUUUGUAUCACCCUGACUACAGUAUAGUACAGAACUUUUUACCUGCUACCAGGUGAUGUCAGUCUGGCCAUGGUUCUGUGAUAACAUUACUGUAGUAUAAACACAACUAAUAUUAUCAUUGGCGAUUUAAAGACUAUCUGGGAUCUCUUUCUCCAUUCUGUUGGUUUAUUGUACUGUAUUAAUCUGACAAGCAUGCACCUUAUUUGUUCUUAAAUUUAAAUGCCUGGAUCUCUAAAGAGUUUUGCCUUCUGUUAUGGUCGAGCACAUGUCAGUAUAUGUUUAUAUGUCUAUACCGAAGGUUAGCAUAAUCAAAUAUAUAUAUGCCUUUGCAGUACCUAAAAUAUAGGAUGAGGGUUUAGGUUUGGGAUUUCUAUGGCAAGUCUUUUUGCAGAAUUGAGAUUUAAAACAUACAGGCCGCCAAAAAUGCAGACAGUUUUAGUGCAUUGACAUUACCAAAUGCAAAAAUGCUCUAUAACUUAUCAGUCAGUGCUUUUAGAAGGGAAAACAAAAUAUAUGGGUGCAGUUUUAUCAAAGUGGAACAAACAAAAUCAUGCUCAAUGCGUCCUCUGAGUUCUCUCUCACCAGUUCUGGUUUAUCAAAAAGCAUUUGGAACUACAAAACAAAGGACUUUGGAGGCGCUCCAGAGUUACUAGUUUACAUGGGAGCUUUCCAAGGUGAUGGUGAUUUCAAGCAUAGUCUGGUUUGAAUUCAAAUCCCCAAAACUACUCAGCUGAAAAUCUGGCUUAAGAGAAUUUGUUAUUACUACUUUUCCGUUUUCUGGUCUUAUCAGUGUUGAAAAAUAUUCUCAGUUACACACUGUUUCUGAUGUGUAACUUAGGUGUAUAAAAAGUCUUAGGCUGACUUCCAGUCAUUGAUUCUCAAAUCUAAACUAGUUAGCAUGGUGUUAUUUAAAAUGCCUUCCCAAUCAAAUCACCACUCUAUAUUUACAUGUUUAUGUAUAGUAUUGUUGCUGAUACAGAAUAUAUUUCCCCUAACAAAUUUAGGAUGUACAAAAAGUAGUUAUUUGCAUGAGGCCUUCAUAUACUACUUUCCACUGAUUUUUCUGAACCGCUUAGAAUAUAUUCUCAUUAUACAAGUUCCAUUGCAGCUUGCAAACCAGUUCCCAUGUUUUUGUGGUGAAAGACAAUAGGAAAGGAAUGAAAACUUGCAAAGAUUACAUAUCGUUUAGGCAACAGCAACAACAUAAAAUGUCAUAAUAAGCCAAUUUUUCAAUUAUUCAAUGUCUCCUGUAACUUAGAGAGUUCAGAAGUAGGCAUCUAAGGUUUUUGGUAGAAGUAACUUCAAAACUGAACAUCCCAAAACCGAGAAGUUAGAAUUGUUUGUCUGUAGUCCACACUGAGGGUUUUGCUGUUCAAAAUUUUUGAUCUCCCUUCUUAAAUAGAAAAGUUAAACAUUUGACACACCUUUUGUUAUCCCUCAAAAAUGUAAUCACACAAAAUGAAUGAGAAUAUCUAAAAAUCUUUCUUUCUAGAAGUUUCUACUACAUGUACUUUUGCUCACAAAGCAGCAUUGUUUUUGUUAAAGUUCUAAUGACCUUUUCCUUCCUAAACCCAGCCACAGAAAAGGGACUAUUUGAAGCCGUAUUUUAAACAGUGUUUCUUUUCUGAAGGUGUAAGAAACUAAGAUGAGAAGGAUGCAUAUUCAGCAAUAUGCAUCUUGUUGCAUCUUGAAAUACUAUCUGAAAUGUACAGGAUGAAUAAAGAAAACGUAUGUAGUCCUUGAACACUAGACUGCACGGGCUGAUAUUAAACAUGGUAGCUUAUCUGAUUCGUUGUACAUCCUAUGAAAACUUUGAUGCAAACUCAGUUGCUUGUGUAAUUAAACUAAAUUUUUCUUUAGAGAGUUUAAUAUUCUUCUAUAAUGAUUCACUAUGGUGCAAUCACAUUUUAAAUAGUAGUUUCUCAGAAUGAUUAUAUUAGAAUAAAUGAUGGGUUUGUUUAGUGAAGCAUAUAUACUAAAAUAUAGGUAUGAGGAGGCAUGUGGCAUAACACGUUUGCAUACGGCACAGUAGUAAUAGGAUAUUUUGCUGUGUUUGAAACUUAAAAAUAGAACAGUUGGUGUUAUCCACCAGUCUCCUUAUCACUUUGUUCAGUCCACUUAGUAUUAACAUUGUAAGAAAAACAAAGUUGUUAGCUGCUGAAACUGUUAUGACCCUCUGGAAGAAAAGCAUUUGCCUAAAAACACUGUGAUCUAGUUGUCAUUCUGUGAAAUGGUACAGGAUACUUAUUCUGAGGACAGGAAAUGACUUCCUACACAUUGCUAUAAGAAUAGUCCUGUUCAGAUUUUAGGUAAUACACCCUACUGUAGCAAAGGCACUUGUCAAUUUUGUUUCAGGUUUUUUUUUCCUCUCUGUUUGCUGACCAAAAACUGUGCUCGAUUGUAAUACGGGUGUAUGCUCUAUAAAAAAAAAAUA